GUAGGCUUUCUAUCGAUAAGUAAAACUAUCCCUAAUACAAUAGUUAAAUAUCGGUAAUGAAUUUGAAACCACAAUGUCAUCGAUAGGCUUACCGAUAGUGCUGUUUACAGCCAUGGUAUGGACAAAAUUCAGAUUGACAAACGAAAUGGACGGUCCAAGUUGCGUAUUCUGUGACAUUGUAAAAGGCAAAAGUGAAACAAUUUUAGAAGCGGAGUCCGAAGAAUUUGUAAUAUUCAGAGACAUAAAACCGGCAGCGCCAAAUCAUUACCUUAUCGUGCCAAAGCAACAUUACGAUAGUCUAAAGACUCUCGACGAAUCACACAUAACAAUGGUGCGCAACAUGGAGAAAGAAAUGCAAGACUUUUUCGCAUCAAAAGGCAUUAGUACAAAAGACGCAAUUUUUGGCUUCCAUUAUCCGCCAUUAAUCUCUGUGGAGCAUUUGCACAUGCAUGGAAUCGCUCCACGUUCCAAGAUGUCAUUUGCCUUUCAAAUCACGUAUAAACCUUCAACACCUUGGUUUAAAACUACACAGGAUGCACUGCUUUGUUUGAGGACAAAAGAAAAAGGUUCGCCCCCGUAACUUUCUCAAACUCAAAGAAAUUUCUUUUGAGUGCAAUGUAGAAAUAAAUAUAUUGUGUAUAUAAUCGCCAGCCAGUGUGUAUAUAGCUAUAUAAUCAGAUAUUUCAAUUACUAUCUGAUGUUUGUUUAUUUAGAUACAGGAAACUUGUUUAAGGACAAAAGAAAAAGUUUUCCCAUUCAAUUUUCACAGACCGAAAGAAAUUUCUUAGAAAAACAAUUCAGAAAUAAAUGUAUUGUGUAUAUAUUUUCCAGUAUGCAUACUGUAUUUUCGGUAUAUUAUGAUAUGCUUUAUUCCUAAACUAAGUCACAGAUAAAUUAAUGGUUGUAUAUAAACAAAUAGCCAACACCUAUGUGCGAGGGUAGUUUCGAAAAUAUGUAAAUAUAACAUGUUAAAAGAAGACAGACAGUAAUAUAAUAGAUAAA